AUGGGUGAUGCAUAUGACGGCCAUCAGAGUGUUCUACUGGUCAUCUUUGCAGUGUUUGCAACUUCUUCGAUGAUUUUAUCACUAGUUAUUAUGUUGUUUUGUACUCGGUCUAUAAUGAAAAAUCUCCUAAGUCUUGAUCACUCAGUUCACCGUCAUCUGCAAAUUCAAGUCUACAACACUCUUCUCAUUCAGUCUGGUGUCCCGUUCAUCUUCCUUCAUGUUCCGUUCUACGUUUGCAUGCUCGCUCCUCUGGUGAACAUCACUAUUGGUUUUUUUAACACUUACCUCCCAUAUUUGUUCGCUUGGUGUCCUGUUCUUAAUCCGCUCAUCGUUUUCUACUUUGUCGCAGAAAUUCGUAACUACCUUAUACAAAAACUGAAGUUGAUCUGUUGCUUCAAGAAACCUCGAAUUCGAAUACUAAAAGUAACCGCACAUAACGAAACGAUGAGAUGA